GUCACAAGAGCUGCUCCGAUACCUUCACGGACCUUCUGAACACGUGGACAUGGCAGAUUCUCAGAUGCCUGAGUUUGGGGCAGCAGCUCCAUACCUGCGCAAGUCAGAGAAGGAGCGGCUGGAGGCCCAGACUCGGCCCUUCGACAUGAAGAAGGAGUGCUUUGUGCCCGACCCCGAAGAGGAGUUCGUCAAGGCCUCCAUCAUCAGUCGUGAUGGAGACAAAAUCACCGCUGAAACUGAGAGAGGGAAGACCGUAACGGUGAAGGAGGCGGACGUCCUCCCUCAGAACCCCCCCAAGUUCGACAAGAUCGAGGACAUGGCCAUGUUCACCUUCCUGCACGAACCUGCCGUGCUGUUUAACCUCAAAGAGCGUUACGCAGCCUGGAUGAUCUACACCUACUCAGGGCUCUUCUGUGUCACCGUGAACCCCUACAAGUGGUUACCGGUGUAUAAUCAGGAGGUUGUACUCGCUUACAGAGGAAAGAAGAGGAGUGAAGCUCCUCCUCACAUCUUCUCCAUCUCGGACAACGCCUACCAGUACAUGCUCACGGACAGAGAAAACCAGUCCAUUCUCAUCACUGGAGAAUCCGGUGCUGGGAAGACUGUGAACACCAAGAGGGUCAUUCAGUACUUUGCCAGCAUCGCAGCAGGAGGAGGGAAGAAGGACACAACAUCUGAGAAGAAGGGCACCUUGGAGGAUCAGAUCAUCCAGGCCAACCCAGCUCUGGAGGCCUUUGGUAACGCCAAGACCAUCAGAAAUGACAACUCAUCAAGAUUUGGAAAGUUCAUCCGAAUCCACUUCGGAGCCAGUGGUAAACUCGCUUCAGCUGACAUUGAGACAUAUCUUUUAGAGAAAUCUCGUGUGACUUUCCAGCUCAAGGCUGAAAGGGACUAUCACAUUUUCUAUCAGAUCCUGUCUCAAAGGAAACCGGAGUUGUUGGAAAUGCUGCUCAUCACCAACAACCCCUAUGACUACGCCUUCAUCUCCCAAGGAGAGACCACCGUUGCAUCGAUCAAUGACGCUGAAGAACUAAUGGCUACCGAUGAAGCCUUUGACGUUCUGGGCUUCACUCAGGAGGAGAAGAACAGCAUCUACAAGCUGACUGGUGCCAUCAUGCACUACGGCAACAUGAAGUUCAAGCAGAAGCAGCGUGAGGAGCAAGCAGAAGCUGAUGGCACUGAAGAUGCUGACAAAUCAGCUUAUCUGAUGGGUCUGAACUCUGCUGAUCUCAUCAAGGGUCUGUGUCACCCAAGGGUCAAAGUAGGGAAUGAGUGGGUCACCAAAGGACAAAAUGUUCAGCAGGUGUACUAUGCUAUUGGCGCCCUGUCAAAAGCAGUUUAUGAGAAGAUGUUCCUCUGGAUGGUGGUGAGAAUCAACCAGUCCCUGGACACCAAACAACCUCGCCAGUAUUUCAUCGGUGUACUGGAUAUUGCCGGCUUUGAGAUCUUUGAUUUCAACACCUUCGAACAGCUCUGCAUCAACUUCACUAAUGAGAAGCUGCAGCAGUUCUUCAACCACCACAUGUUUGUACUGGAGCAGGAAGAGUACAAGAAAGAAGGCAUUGAGUGGGAGUUCAUUGACUUCGGCAUGGACCUGCAAGCUUGUAUAGAUCUCAUUGAGAAGCCAAUGGGAAUCAUGUCCAUCCUUGAAGAGGAGUGCAUGUUCCCCAAGGCCAGUGAUGCCACAUUUAAGGCAAAGCUGUAUGACAACCAUCUGGGAAAAUCUAACAACUUCCAGAAGCCCAGGGUUAUUAAGGGGAAACCAGAGGCCCAUUUUUCCUUGAUUCACUAUGCUGGUACUGUGGACUACAACAUCAACAACUGGCUGGUGAAGAACAAGGACCCCUUGAAUGAAACUGUGGUUGGGUUAUACCAGAAGUCUAACGUCAAGUUGCUUGCAAUGUUGUUUGCUAACUAUGCUGGAGCAGAUUCAGCACAAGAAGCUGGAGGCAAGGGCAAGGGAGGAGGAGGAAAGAAGAAGGGCUCCUCUUUCCAGACUGUGUCUGCUCUCCACAGGGAGAACUUGAAUAAGCUGAUGACAAACUUGAGGUCAACCCACCCCCACUUUGUGCGCUGCAUCAUCCCCAAUGAGACCAAGACUCCUGGGGCCAUGGAGAACCCUCUGGUCAUGCACCAGCUGCGCUGUAAUGGUGUGCUGGAAGGCAUCAGGAUCUGCAGAAAGGGCUUCCCCAACAGGAUCCUCUACGGAGACUUCAAACAGAGGUAUCGCAUCCUGAACCCUACAGCUAUCCCAGAAGGACAGUUCAUAGACAGCAAGAAAGGGGCAGAGAAGCUAUUAGGUUCCUUAGACAUUGACCACAAUCAGUACAAGUUUGGACACACUAAGGUGUUCUUCAAGGCUGGUUUGCUGGGUCAGCUGGAGGAGAUGAGAGAUGAUCGUUUGUCACUCAUAAUCACGGGAAUACAGGCAAGAUCUCGUGGUCUUUUAGCAAGAAUUGAAUACCAAAAGAUGGUUGAACGAAGGGAUGCUUUACUUGUCAUUCAGUGGAACGUGCGUUCCUUCAUGGGUGUAAAGAACUGGCCGUGGAUGAAGCUCUUCUUUAAAAUCAAGCCUUUGCUGAAAAGUGCUGAAGCCGAAAAGGAGAUGGCCAAUAUGAAGGAAGAAUUCCUGAAGCUGAAAGAAGCCUAUGAAAAAUCUGAGAUGCGUAAGAAGGAACUGGAAGAGAAAAUGGUCUCCCUUCUCCAAGAGAAGAAUGAUUUGCAGUUACAAGUCCAAGCUGAGCAAGAUAAUCUUUGUGACGCUGAAGAGAGAUGUGAUCAACUGAUAAAAAACAAGAUCCAGAUGGAGGCCAAAGUCAAAGAACUCACAGAAAGGCUGGAGGAUGAGGAGGAGAUGAAUGCAGAGCUGACUGCUAAGAAGAGGAAGCUGGAGGAUGAGUGUUCUGAGCUGAAGAAGGACAUUGAUGACCUGGAGCUCACUCUAGCUAAAGUGGAGAAGGAGAAACAUGCCACUGAGAACAAGGUAAAGAACCUGACUGAAGAAAUGGCAGGUCUGGAUGAAAUCAUUGCCAAACUGACCAAGGAGAAGAAGGCUCUGCAGGAAGCUCACCAGCAAACCCUGGAUGACCUGCAGAGUGAGGAGGACAAAGUGAACACACUGACCAAGGCCAAAGCCAAACUGGAGCAACAAGUUGAUGAUCUUGAAGGCUCUCUGGAACAAGAGAAGAAGGUACGAAUGGAUCUUGAGAGGGCUAAGAGAAAGCUAGAGGGAGACUUAAAGUUGAUCCAGGAGAAUAUAAUGGAUCUGGAAAAUGAUAAGCAGCAAUUGGAAGAGAGGCUGAAAAAGAAGGACUUUGAGAUCAGCCAAAUCAACAGUAAAUUUGAAGAUGAACAAGCAGCGAACAUCCAGUUACAGAAAAAACUUAAGGAGCUACAGGCUCGAAUUGAGGAGCUGGAGGAGGAGCUGGAGGCUGAAAGAGCUGCUCGUGCCAAGGUGGAGAAGCAGAGGGCAGACUUGUCCAGAGAGCUGGAGGAGAUCAGCGAGAGGCUGGAGGAGGCUGGUGGGGCCACAGCUGCCCAGAUUGAGAUGAACAAGAAGAGGGAGGCAGAGUUCCUGAAGCUGCGUAGAGACCUCGAAGAGGCGACACUGCAGCAUGAAGCUACAGCUGCCACACUGAGGAAGAAACAUGCUGACAGUGUGGCUGAUCUGGGGGAGCAGAUCGACAACCUGCAGAGAGUGAAGCAGAAGCUGGAGAAGGAGAAGAGCGAGCUGCGACUGGAGCUAGACGAUGUCGUCUCCAACAUGGAGCAGAUUGUGAAGACCAAGACAAACAUCGAAAAGACAUGCAGGACUGUGGAAGAUCAGAUGAGCGAAUACAGAACCAAGUAUGAGGAAGCGCAGCGCAGCAUAAGUGACUUCACGAUGCAGAAAGCUAAGCUACAGACUGAGAAUGGGGAGCUUUCCAGGCAGCUGGAGGAGAAGGAGUCUCUAGUGUCCCAGCUAACAAGAGCAAAACAGUCCUACACUCAGCAGAUGGAGGACCUGAAAAGACAACUGGAGGAAGAAGUUAAGGCCAAGAAUGCCCUGGCCCAUGCAGUGCAGUCUGCUCGCCAUGACUGUGAUCUGCUGAGGGAGCAGUAUGAGGAGGAGCUGGAGGCCAAGGCUGAGCUGCAGCGUAGUCUCUCCAAGGCCAACUCUGAGGUGGCUCAGUGGAGAACCAAGUAUGAGACUGAUGCAAUCCAGAGGACUGAGGAGCUGGAGGAUGCAAAGAAGAAACUGGUUCAGCGACUGCAGGAUGCAGAAGAGGCUGUGGAAGCUGUAAACGCUAAGUGUUCAUCCCUGGAGAAGACCAAACACAGACUGCAGAAUGAGAUUGAAGACCUCAUGGUCGAUGUUGAGAGAUCUAAUGCAGCUGCUGCCGCUCUGGACAAGAAGCAAAGAAACUUUGACAAAGUCCUGGCUGAGUGGAAGCAGAAGUAUGAAGAGUCACAGAGUGAGCUGGAGAGCUCCCAGAAGGAGGCCAGGUCUCUCAGCACUGAACUCUUCAAGCUGAAGAAUUGCUAUGAGGAAUGUCUGGAUCAUCUGGAGACGAUGAAAAGAGAGAACAAGAACCUUCAAGAGGAAAUUUCUGAUCUGACUGAACAACUUGGUGAGGGGGGCAAGAGUGUCCAUGAGCUGGAGAAAAUAAGGAAGCAAUUGGAGCAGGAGAAAAGUGAGAUACAAUCAGCUCUUGAAGAAGCAGAGGCCUCUUUAGAGCACGAAGAGGGCAAGAUCCUGAGAGCCCAGCUUGAAUUUAACCAGAUGAAAGCUGAUAUUGAGCGGAAACUGACAGAGAAGGAUGAGGAGAUGGAGCAGGCAAAGAGGAACCACCAGAGGGUCGUAGAUACUCUACAGAGCUCUUUGGAGGCAGAGACCCGCAGCAGGAAUGAAGCUCUGAGGUUGAAGAAGAAGAUGGAGGGAGACCUCAACGAGAUGGAGAUCCAGCUCAGCCAGGCCAACAGGCAGGCAACAGAAGCACAGAAGCAGCUGAAGGUUAUCCAAGCACAUUUGAAGGACGCCCAGAUGCAGCUGGAUGACUCUAUUCGUUCCAAUGAUGACUUGAAGGAGAACACUGCGAUUGUAGAGAGACGCAACAAUCUCCUGCAGGCAGAGCUGGAGGAGCUCAGGUCCAUGGUGGAGCAGACAGAGAGAGGACGUAAACUGGCUGAACAAGAGCUGCUGGACGUCAACGAGAGGGUGCAGCUGCUGCACUCACAGAACACCAGCCUGCUCAACCAGAAGAAGAAGCUGGAGGCGGAUACAUCGCAGCUUCAGACCGAGGUAGAGGAGGCUUUGCAGGAAUGCAGGAACGCCGAGGAAAAAGCCAAGAAGGCCAUCACUGAUGCUGCCAUGAUGGCGGAGGAGCUGAAGAAGGAGCAAGACACCAGUGCUCACCUGGAGCGCAUGAAGAAAAACAUGGAGCAAACCAUCAAAGAUCUGCAGCACCGUCUCGAUGAAGCUGAGCAAAUUGCCAUGAAGGGGGGCAAGAAGCAGGUGCAAAAACUGGAAGCUCGUGUGAGAGAACUGGAGAAUGAGGUAGAAACGGAACAGAGGAAAAGCAGUGAUGCUGUGAAGGGAAUCCGCAAAUACGAACGUCGCAUCAAAGAACUGAGUUACCAGACUGAAGAGGACCGUAAGAACAUAACCCGUUUGCAGGACUUGGUGGAUAAACUACAGCUGAAAGUGAAGGCCUACAAGAGAGCUGCAGAAGAGGCUGAGGAACAGGCCAACACCAAUCUCGGCAAGUUCCGCAAGCUGCAGCACGAGCUGGACGAGGCUGAGGAGAGAGCCGACAUCGCCGAGUCUCAGGUCAACAAAUUGCGUGCCAAGAGCCGUGACGUGAGUUCCAAGAAAGGCCUCGAUGAAGAGUGA